AUGGACCAAAUGAAGGUUGUUCAUACCAUCUCAGCAAUUCUCAUAUUGGGAAUGCUAAGUUUACGAGUCGCAGAAUGCAGAACAGCUAAGGUUUCCUUGCAUUACCGGGCAAUAAAUUGUCGAAAGCACAGCGCGCUUUUGACGGAUUUUGGAGCGGUUGGCGACGGAAAAACAUCAAACACCAAGGCUUUCAAGGCUGCAAUUCAUAGCCUCAGCAAGUAUGCAUCAGAUGGCGGGGCGCAACUCAUUGUACCUCCGGGAAAAUGGUUAACUGGGAGCUUUAAUCUCACUAGCAGCCAUUUCACUCUUUUUCUCGAAAAGAAAGCUGUCAUUCUUGCAUCUCAGGAUGAGUCAGAAUGGCCUCAAGUUCCUCCACUGCCUUCUUACGGGAGAGGAAGGGAUGCAUAUGGUGGACGGUUCAGCAGUCUUAUUUUUGGUACACAUCUCACAGACGUCGUAAUCACCGGCAACAAUGGAACGAUUGAUGGCCAAGGUGCAACUUGGUGGAAAAAGUUUCGCAGUGACGGAUUCUUAAAUGUGACCCGACCGUACAUGAUUGAGCUUAUGCACUCUAACCAAAUCCAGAUAUCUAAUCUUACACUAAUCAACUCUCCAUCGUGGUUUGUUCAUCCCGUUUAUAGCAGUGAUAUACUGAUCCAAGGGCUGACGAUCCUUGCGCCAGUUGACUCUCCUAACACCGAUGGGGUAGACCCAGAUUCGUGCACAAACACUCGUAUUGAGGACUGCUUCAUAGUCUCAGGAGAUGACUGCAUCGCCGUGAAAAGUGGUUGGGAUCAAUAUGGAAUCAAAUAUGGAAUGCCCACAAAACACCUAAUCAUCAGAAGACUUACUUGCAUUUCCCCUGACAGUGCUACCAUUGCUCUAGGUAGUGAAAUGUCUGGUGGAAUUCAAGAUGUUAGAGCUGAAGACAUCACAGCCAUUGAUACGCAGUCAGGUGUUAGAAUCAAGACUGCCAUCGGAAGAGGAGCUUAUGUGAAGGACAUCUACGUGAGAAGAAUGACAUUCAAGACAAUGAAAUAUGUUUUCUGGAUGUCAGGCGCUUACAAUCAGCACCCUGAUGCUGGAUUCGAUCCAAAUGCCCUUCCAGAGAUUCAAGGAAUUAAUUAUAGAGACGUGGUGGCGGAGAAUGUUACUUAUUCAGCAAGACUUGAUGGAAUGGCUAAUAAUCCUUUUACAGGAAUAUGCAUUUCUAAUGCUACUAUUACUUUGACUGAGAAGCCAAAGGACUUGCAAUGGAACUGUACUAAUAUUGCAGGGGUGACGAGCAAUGUGUCUCCUAAGCCGUGCAGUUUAUUGCAUGUAAAAGAAGAUGUUGUUUGUCCCUUCCCAGAGGAUCAACUGCCCAUUGAUGAUAUUCAGUUGAAGACUUGUUCUACUACCUAGUGCCCUCGUGUGAGAGAGUAUAUGUAUUUGGAAGUUUAUGUAUUGAAUAUGUUUCUUCUUUGAAAAUAUUGGAUCAAAUGAACCUACUUUCUA